UUUACACUCACUGCCCGACUUGUUACUCCCGUUUCCAUGGACGCGGCUGGGGCCUGCUCGGUAGCAGGGAGCCCGUACUCGUGUAACGCAAUCGGGUGAGGAGAGGCAGGGGCCCCGCUGGAGGACAGAGGGGGCCCCGGGGAGCAAGAAGGGCUCCUCAGGGAGGUAACCCCGAAAACCAUGGCGAGCACCACCCAGCUCUGCAUCCGGCGGUGGACCCCCAAGCACGUGGCCAAAUGGCUGCGGGAGGAAGGGUUCUGCGACUACGUGGACCUCCUGUGUAACAAGCAUCGUCUGGACGGCACGGCCUUGCUGGCACUAACGGACUACGACCUGCGCUCACCGCCGCUGGAGAUCAAGGUGUUGGGGGACAUCAAGCGCCUCAUGUUGUCCAUCCGCAAGCUGCAGAAGCAGCACGUCAACGUGCUGGAGGAGCUGGGACUGAACGGAGAGCCGCCCGCCGUCGGCCUCGCUUCCCCGCCGAGCCCCGACUGGCUGUGCAACGGAGAGCUGGCCAGGGACUACGACGGGAACGCCACGGACUCCGGCGCGGACCAGCACCAGUACUCCAACGGCAAGCACAGACACGCGGCCAAGAGGCUGGACCCGGAGUACUGGAAGACCGCCAUCAGCUGCGUCUACGUCUUCAUCGUCUUCGGCUUCACCUCCUUCGUGAUGGUUAUAGUCCACGAGCGCGUGCCCGACAUGCAGACCUACCCGCCCCUGCCGGACAUUUUCCUCGACAGCGUCCCUCGGAUCCCCUGGGCCUUCGCCAUGACGGAGAUGUGCGGCGUGGUCCUCUGUUACAUCUGGCUGCUGGUCCUCCUCCUCCAUAAACACCGGUCCAUCCUGUUGCGCCGUCUCUGUAGCCUGAUGGGGACCGUCUUCCUCCUGAGGUGCAUCACCAUGUUCGUGACGUCGCUCUCCGUCCCCGGAGAACACCUUCAGUGCUCGGGAAAGCUCUACGACAACAUGUGGGCCAAGCUCCAGCGAGCCUUUGCCAUCUGGAGUGGUUUUGGUAUGACCCUGACGGGGGUGCACACGUGCGGCGACUACAUGUUCAGCGGCCACACGGUGGUCCUGACGAUGCUCAACUUCUUCGUCACGGAAUAUACCCCCCGGAGCUGGAACUUCCUGCACACCCUGUCCUGGGUCCUCAACCUGUUUGGGAUUUUCUUCAUCCUGGCCGCCCAUGAGCAUUACUCCAUAGACGUCUUCAUCGCCUUCUACAUCACGACCAGGCUCUUCCUCUACUACCACACGCUGGCCAACACCCGGGCCUACCAGCAGAGCCGGCGCGCCCGCAUCUGGUUCCCCAUGUUCUCCUUCUUCGAGUGCAACGUCCGAGGGCCCGUCCCCAACGAGUACUGCUGGCCCUUCUCCCGCCCCGCCUUCCUCAAGAACUUGUUCGGCUGAAGCCGUUUCCCGACCAGCGGAAGGUCUUGAAGGUUGACGGCCGACGCUUGGGGGGGCUUCCCGCUUUUUGCCUCCGCACGCUCGUGGUGGGGGGGCUGGGGGGUGCAGGUACCAAGACGCACGGAGCGCCUCGGCUGAGACCGCCGAUCUCCUGCACGCGCUCGUCGGAAGGACCCACCGAAAGGCUGCUAUACAAUUCUAACGAGACCCCCAACCUCUACGCACUUUCCAAAUAAACUCCGCGUGGA